AUGAGCGACAACGACCGUGUGAUCGGCAACCCCGUCCAAAAGGCGAUGGACGCGGUUGUGGAAGCCUGGGAGUCGGCACUCAACAAGAUUCGGGAGUGCAAGCAGGAAUACCAAGCCCAGUUGGAGGAGCUUGCCGGUCUGGGAGGCAUUCCCACGCCGGCUCAGGCUCUCGGCGUUUUGACGAGCUUCUACGAGAGGGUUAAGGGCCUCAGAAACACGCUCAACCAGCCUGCGCCGCACGAAGCUCUUUCUCAAGUCGAGGUUGCCCCAGCCAAUGCAGCUUGGAUGGCUGCCGUCCAAGCUGCCGUCACGCCCGCACCCAGAAAGAGACUGAGGGAGCUGGUCUUGCCCGAAACCCAAGUCGCCGCCAAAUCCGCUCCUGUCAACGCCGAGAGCUCUGAGCAGCAGGGAACCACUGCUGAGCUCGAGGUCGAGUCACCCUCUGCUUCUUGUGGCUCCCAGGGCGAGGAUGUCAACAGCAGAAAGGAUAAGGGCAAAGACAAGACCGUUGACACUGCCGCUACUACCACCGCAACCCCGACCAAAUUGAGCGGCAACAGCAAGUCCGGCUCGGGGUCCAUCGUCUCCAAGAAGGACAUCAAGGGAAAGGGCAGAGCCAAGUCCAACUCUCCCUCACCCGAACCUUUCUCUGCCAAAACCCUUCAGAGAAUCACCAACACAGUCAGGAAGACUAACAGGCUUCCCCUCAUCAAGCCUGUGUCCAUGCUCAAAUUUGCCCGUGGUCCUGCUGCUGCUGCUGCUCCAUCAGCCCCUGGUCCCAGCCGCCCUGAGCAGCGCGCCGUCACGCCCGAGCCUGAGCCAGAGUCGGAUUCUGAAUCUGAGUCUGUGUACUUGUCCGUGUUGCAGUUUCAUGACAGCUCCUCUUCCCCUCCUGAUGCUUCUUCCACUCCUGGUCCGUCUGCGACUUCCGCUGCCGUCGCUGCUGCAAGUGUUCCCGGGGUUUCUGCCUCAUACCACACGGAGGAGCAGUCAAUUGUCAGAACUGACGAUGCAACAAGCAAUGACGAAGUUGUCGACUUCGACCCUACCACUACCGCGACUAGAGUUAACAGCAGCCCCAGCGCGAGCGGAUCAGAAUCCAACAGCGUCACGUCCAACGAGAUCCAGGAGACGCAUGACAGUGCGGACAUUGAGAAGACGGGAGGAAACAACAUCAAGGACGCAAAAGGCAAGAACAGGGCCAGCGACACUCCCACGAAGACAACCACCACUGCCAGCGGAUCUGGAAGGAUUUCCUCCAAGAAAGAUCUGAAGGGAAAGGGCAAAGCCAUUGCCAGAUCGCCCUCUCCUGUUGCUUCUUCCAUGACAAGCAACAGUUACAAAGUCACGAAGAGCAAGAAGGACAAUAAGGAGAACAAGCCAUUCUCCAGGCGUAGUCCACCUGUCACAGGUUCAUCGGAGCCUGUGUUGAACGACAAGUUCAACAACAACAUCAACAACAACAACAUCCAAGAGGAGAUCAUUGUCAAGCUGGACAAAGGAAAGGGAAAGGCAAUUGACACUCCCACUCACAUCCCUAUUUCUACCACCACAGAGGAUGUCAACAACAAAGACGAAGUCAUUGUCACCACUACCAGUGCUUCUACCACAGCGGAAGCCAGCAACAACAACAACAACAACAACAAACCCAGCGCCAGCAACAGCGCCAGCACAUCCGCCUCCGGCCGCGGCACCAACCCCCCCAAAAAAGACCUAGAGGGCAAAGGCAAAGCAACCACCACUUUGCCUUCCAGAUCCCCCUCUCCCGGCCCUUCCUCACCCAAAACCAAACCUACCACCAAAAGCACCGACAAAGCCAAGAUCACCAAAGUGACCAAACAACCUGCCGCCGCCCGUGAGCGCCAAACAAUCAAGCGCUCCCUAGCCAAAAAGGGCCACCACUGGGCCUUCAAACUCGAAUCCCACUUUGCUCGAUCAGCCGAGGACGUCGCCAUCAACCAAGACAAGUAUUUCAUCCUUUGCUGUCCAGCGCCCAAUUGCCCGUCGCCCAACUUUGGUGGUAAACAUCCUUUUAGAGAAGGAAGGGCGGUCGCGCACUUUGCUGCUGGUGGUGCUGCCGCCGGUGAUGGUGGUGCUGGUGAUGCUGCCGCUGCUGCUGGAGAUGACACUAGAAAUACUUGUUUGAUGGAGAUCGAUGGUGAGGAGAAUGAUGAAAACAGAGACGAAGACGGAGACGUACAAAUGACGGAAGCAGAAAUCUUUGAGCGGUUCGGAGCCGAGAUCGUGCAGGAGCAAAAGCGGUGGCCUGUCGAUGAUAAGUGGGCUUUGAAGAAUAAUCGCGAGUUGUGUAUGAAGGUUGGGGAGGCGGGGGAGGAGAGGGAGGGGAUGUUGAGGGAGUUGUGA